UGUACAAAAGUGAUCAGUUUGCUUUUACUGUUGAUUGUAGGGUCACGUCAAUUUAUCACGCAAUAAUUUCGAUUUAUAUUCCGCUGUGAAACAUAUUAAUUCCGCGUUGGUCAAAUAAGAUUUUUUAUAAAUAGUGAGGAAAAAUGAGUGUAACCAGUGUAGUUUGAAUAUUAUUUGGGACGCAAGAAUAAAUUGUGAUAUUGUGAAAAUGAAUGGUAAAAAGCACAGUGAAACGGGCACUUUCUCGCCCGAUGGUAUGCGAGCCGAAAUAUUAAAUCCAUUUGUACAUAAAUUGGAAUUAGACAAUACGUAUGAUAAAAUUCGGACGGCGAUCUUCACUGUCAUCCUCCUUCCGUUUCGUGUGAUCGUCAUCUGUUACCUGAUCGUGACGGCUUGGUUCCUUGCUUGCAUCGGCCUUUAUGGCUUGAGCGAGGAAGACUUGCGGAAAAAACCCAUGACUGGCUGGAGAAGCAAACUGCGCUUCUCGAUUCUAUCUCUCGUACGAUUGGUGGUGGUGGCUGCUGGGUUCCAUCGCGUCCGGGUGGUGGGUCGUGAACAUCUUCCAAAGAGUCCACGUGACGCGCCUGUACUGGUCAUCGCGCCACACUCGUCGUUCUUCGACGCAAUUGCUAUAGUCUGCCUUGGAGCUCCCAGCGUGGUCGCGAAGGCUGACACCGCGAGGCUGCCCUUUAUAGGACAACUCAUCAACUACACUCAGCCUGUUUAUGUAUGGCGAGAUGAUCCUAACUCUCGGCAGAACACUAUCAAGGAGAUUAUCGAGAGGGCCACCUCUAAAGAAGACUGGCCUCAGGUUCUAAUCUUCCCGGAAGGUACGUGCACAAAUCGGUCAUGCUUGAUCACGUUUAAGCCAGGGGGCUUCUAUCCCGGCGUGCCAGUGCAGCCCGUCACCAUCCGCUAUCCCAACGCGCGGGAUACUGUCACGUGGACGUGGGAGGGACCUGGCGCACUGAAACUCUUGUGGCUGACUCUAACGCAAGUGCACAGUUCGUGCGAAAUCGAGUUCCUGCCGGUUUACUACCCGAGCGAAGAAGAGAAACGGGAUCCCAAGUUGUACGCAAGGAACGUCAGAGACGUCAUGGCUAAGGCUCUAGGCGUGCCAGUUCUCGACUACACUUAUGAUGACUGCCGUCUAAUAGCAAGGGCGAAGCAGUUAGGAAUUCCGUGUGCAUCCGCCAUCAGAGAGAUCAGCGAAUUGAGGGCGCAACUGGGUUUGGAUCGUUCACACCUCGAGGUUCACUUGGCAUCUGAAGGUCUUAAAGGAAAGAAAAAAUGGCUUAACAAAGAAGAGUUCGCCCAAAGAUUAGGAGUGCCGUACGAUAUCAAUUCUCAGAGGCUCUUCGAUAUAUUUGUUCAAAAUUCGAGCGGUUUGGUGAAUUUCGCAGACUACAUCCUGUGCGCCAUGUUCCUGUCGGUCCCGCACGCGCCGCUGUCGCACAUCCUCUCGUGUACUUUCAGGCUAUACGAUGAAACACACACGGGUUUUAUAAAAUGCGACACAUUUGAAGAGAUAGCGAUUCGGGUUCUCGGACUUUGUCGAGAAGACGCGCAGAACACGUUCAGACAGGUAGACCUUGACGAAAAGGGAUACAUUACUUACGAGGAAUUUAUAAAAUUCGCGCAGGAGAAAAACGAAUAUGCAUUCUUAUUUGUCAGCGAUAAUUCUUUCAAGCCGAAAACGAAACCGAAAAACCAGUGAGAUUCGGAACACAUACCGACUGUCUGCAGGCAAGUACCAUAGAUAUUAUUUUAAUUCAAUAAAUCUGUGGUACAUUAUUUUAAUUUAUUAAAUUAAAUUUCGUAAUUUUAUUUAUUUUUAGAAUAUUUUUUAUGUAGCAACACUCAGUUUUAUCUGUAGCAACACUAAACGUUUAUAAUGAUUGAAGUUACUAAUAUAUUGCAACUUAUUUCAAAUCAAUACAAAUCUUUAAAAAAAAAUUGUAAAAAAUAUUGCAAUGUUAAAAAUUAAUUACAUAACUCGUUAAAAUUAGAACAAAAUAAAUUCUGUAGAAGAAAUCUUAAAACAUCUCAACUUAGAAUGUAGAUAAACAGUAGAAAAAUAUUAUGAAUAGAAAAAAAAAUCAUCAAAUUAAGAAACAUUUGAAUAAAUCUAGAAUUGAAAACUCAUAGUGCUUUUGUGUAAAGACGGACACAGAUUAUACAAUUUAAUAGUUGAAUCGCAUUUGCUUAAAUAAACGUCAUAUAUUUAAUUUUGUAAAUCGUAUCAAUAAUUGUGGAUAAAAUAAUUUGAAUCCUCGGAAAUAACGCGGAUAGUCCUGGGACGUUCUUUAUUCAAAUUUCGCGCCAAAACAGUUCUUAUCACGUUUAUUAACAGCCUAAAACUCACAUAUUGUUUUCCAAAAAUCUACUACAUGUUCGAAAAUACUUCAGAUGUGAAAGAAAGAUUCUCGGAGAAGUUAUUGUUUUUAUUUUAAAUAUUUUCCGGUCACAAUUAUGUUUUCUUAAUGAAACAUCCCGAAAUUAACAAUCUUUUUGAUGUGUUAUCUGUGAAGUUAGUUAAAGAUAGUUUUGAAUAUCGAGUUUAAUAAUUAGAAGCUUUUCUCGAACGUUCCUCUAAAUUUAUUCGUCCACUACAAUAAAAGUCUCUCUUUGUCAUAGAGGUUUAUCACAAUUCUUGAAAUGAUUUAAAAAUUAAAUAUCGAUUAUAAUAUGCUUAAUAGAUUUUUCGUAGAACUUCUGAAUUAAUUUAAGAUUCGUUCAAAUUAGUUGUUCAGCUGACCUGCAGUCAGGUGGUGUGUGUAGAAUUAAUAUUAUUAUUGUGAAUAUUUUCGUACUCUUAGAAUUAUAAGAUAUUUAAAAAAAGUCGUUCGUAGUAGUUUAAAAUAACGCUUUAUUACGAUUAGUACAAAUGGUUAAUAUUCUCUAAAGAACAGCUUCCGAUAAAAUUGUUCGGUUAAAAUGUAAUUCUUUUUUUUUUAAAGUAAAAUUACAUGUACAUUUUGUACAGUUUGUAAUAAAAAUGGACGAUACAAAUUUAAUCAUAAGCUUGUAUAAUUAAUUAUUACUUUUGAUUACG